CAACGAUGAAAUUCCAAUUUUUGAAAAAUUAAAUGACUUUGGAUAUGGAUCCCCCUUUCUUCCUAGUAUAAAAUGCCGAAUGGAUUUUGGUAAAGUUAAAGCUGAUGAAGUAACUUUAGGACUGGAACAGAUGUUUGUAUUGAGUGUCUUAUUUAAAAAGCACGAAAUGUCGAAGAUAAUUUGGACUGAAUUAGAUGAACCUGUUUUCGCUGCCUUAGCAGUCAAAAGAUUACAUCAGAUUGUCAUCGAUUUGGCCGAGAUAAAGGACUCAGAAAUAUUAAUGACGUACGCAAAGAUUUCAAAUGAAUUCACAGAUCUAGCAGUAGGGGUCAUUGAUGCAUGCUACGAAAAUAAAUCGUCUAACUACAUAUUACGUAGACAGUUAAAAUAUUGGAAAGAUGGUUCUGUUUUAUCAAUAGCUUCAGAAGUAGAGAACAGGGUAUUUAUAUCAAGACCAGCAUGUCAAGAAUUGCUAGAUUCCAUAUGGUGGGGAAAUGAUAAAUUGGAAAAUAACACCCCGAGGACAAGAACAAUAUCGAUAAAACGACCGGUUUCUCUGAGGAAGCGAAGUCGACUGAAACAACUAAGUACAGCUCCAGUGGCGAAAUUCUUGUUUAAUUCUCUCUCGUAUAUCGUAUUUCUGGGGUUGUACAGUUACCACAUGCUUGUUAGCUUUAAACCUCAGUUUAAUGUUUUUGGUGGCAUUCUCUGUUUCUGGGUUUUCACUUUGGUUUGUGAAGAAAUUAGACAGCUCUCGAUCAUCAAAUCAAAUUCGACGGAAUCAAUGCUCGGGAAAUAUAUAGGCCAGUCAUUAAAUAUAUUAGACAUAUUAACCGUCAGUUUGUUUAUAAUUGGAAUAAUAUUAAGAUCUGUACCAAACGCUUCAAGCUUCGAGGCAGCCAGAGUGGUAUUUUGCAUUAAUUUAAUAUUGUGUUUUGUCCGGUUACUGCGCAUGUUUGUACCAAAUGAGCAACUCGGACCCAAACUUGUUAUGAUAAACAGAAUGAUCUGGCGAGAUUUGUUGCCUUUCUUGGCCAUCUUCGUGCUGUUUAUAGUAGCUUAUGCUAUUGCAUCAGAAGCUAUAUUAUAUCCAAACACAGAACUCACAUGGAAACUGGUUUAUCAACUACCUCGAAAGGCAUACUGGCAAAUUUACGGCGAAUUGUUCUUGGAAAAUAUUGAAGGCGAUGUUGAUUGUACUGAUGAUCCAGCUUUAUACGAGGACUACAAUCAACUACGAUGUCCAUCUGAAGUGGGCAAAUAUGUCGCAGCUAUUCUACUUGGUAUAUAUGUACUGUUUACUAAUGUUCUAUUGUUGAAUUUACUGAUUGCUAUGUUCAGGUAAAUAAUUAUAGUACUUACUUCCAACAGAAAUAGGCCAAACGAUUAGCAAGGCUAUUGGCGUUGACUCAGGGUGGGGAAGCAUUUCAGGAAGCAUUCCGUUUUCUUCAUAUUUGAAAUCAGUCCUGCUAAUUUCGUUGUACAAGCUGCCCAACAGUUCCAUGUGUCCCCCUUCCUCACAUUUCACAGUACUCGAGUCAAAGAGCUGACCAAGGGCAUUACCAAAUAUCUACAGGCCAAUGAGCAUGGUUAAAGCAACGUUAAGAUCUUUAAGCCCUUUGAAAUACUUAGCAAACCUAAGCAAAUCGGAAAUAGGCGCUACUUUCAAUGGAAAUGUGUUAAUAUGGGUUUUAACGACCUAAGUUUCAGCGCCCAUGGGGCUAAUAAAGACGGUAUACGCCAUGCAGUGUGCUAUGAAGACAGUUAUAAGCCAUGCAGUGUGCGGAGUUUCCGUCUACGUGUCAUCAAAUUCAAUUGUGAUGGGUUCUUUUACGGGUGGAUCUGGUGUUCGUUCUAUCUGAACGACUACACACUUGUUCCUUGCCAAACCCCCAGUACUGUAUUACUGGUUUGGCAAAAGGCUGGAAAAUCCAAAUGAACUUCUGAAUCGUACUCAAGACCUGCUUGUUAGGGAGCCAGCGUGGACUUUGGGAAACGUUGAUUGCCUGAAAUUCAGCAGUAUAGAUCAAUAUCAAUGAAAUACUAGUUUAAACCAUCCAUGUCAGUCUUUUCUGUAUCUUAACAGUUAUACAUUCUCAAGUAUACAAGACCAAUCUCAUCUGUACUGGUGUUUGAAUUAUCUCCACUUGGUUCAAGAAUAUUAUGCACGCCCUGUUCUUCCACCUCCGCUGAUUAUCUGUGAACAUCUGUAUAGAUUGUAUAAAUCUUGUAGAGCUCGAUGUGGCAAUUUAAACAAAGUUGAAGAUGGUUUUAAUCCAGAAUCAUAUAACUCUUGCUCAAAUUUUGAUGUUAAUUUAGAUUAUAAAACACAUCUGUAUUAUGACAAUGUUGAACGACGGGAGGCUAAAGCUUGUUUACAGAAAAGAAAAGAAGAAUUUUUCGAUAAUUCUAAACACGUUUUUCAAAGAUUGCAGUCUGAUCUAGAAGAGUUUAUAAAUACACCCAAGUCUGAGAAACCUUCAUUAAACAAAGAUGAUUUCAGAACAGAAAUAAAAAAGCUGAGACAGUCAUUCAAAAAAGAGAUAAGCAAAGUUCAGAAAGAAAUAACCAAAACGGUAGAUGAUAAGAUUAACGAGACGUUGAAAGAGCUGAUGAACUCGCCAAGGAAACCAUAAAGGACUAUGGCAGUAACCGGAAUUCAGAUCAGUACUCAGAUUAUAAUAUUACCAAUGAACAUUUAUAGCGAGGCCUUCAGAUAAUAUGUGAAAUUCUCUUUUGUUAAUGUUCAACUUUAUGUAUUUUAAAAUUUUUUUUUCAAUGGAGCACAUGUUGAAACUAAUUCAGAUCUUGCGUGUUCUAUAUUUAACACAUUUUAAACAUCACGAUUAAAAUGUGUCAUGUUUGCUGUGAUCAAUCCCUUUAUACAAACAUUUUAAUUCUCACCGGUUUAAUGUUACUAGUGAUGUUUAAAUUAGGCAUCAUUUCGGAGUUCCAAUUCUGCCUACCUACAGAUUAUUAUUAUAUGUGUUGGCGCUUUAUGUCGUCAUCCUGUCCGUCGAUCCGUCAACAAUUGACUUGUCAACGCGAUAGAAGCUACAGUUUUUGACAUUCCUGAGUAAUUCCCCUUUGCCGAAAACCGUAGUUAUUAACUGAUAUUUUUCAAAUUGGGUGGGAAGCAUUGGGGUCAUGAGAGGAUGAACCCUAGUGACUUUCAGGGUACCGCGAUGUUUCGUUCCGGGGUUAUUCGCCUUUUCAGAAAACAUCGUGUGCGCGAUAGCGGCUGUAGUUUUUAACGGAUGCUUUUGUAAUUUGGUGGAAAGCAUUGGAGCCAUUAAUCGAUGAACCCUAUUGCUUUUCAGCAUUCCGCGAGUCCCAAAUUUUUAACCGAUUUUUGACAAAUUUGAUGGGAAGCAUGCAUUAUAUGUGAUUCAUGUGAGGAUGAACCCUUUGCCAAAAGCACUGUUAACGCGAUACAGACUAUAGUAUUGGGGUCCGGAGGGAUGAGGUAUGUCGAUUUUCAGCGUUCUAAUACUUUAUAUCUACGAGUAAUAUCCCCUCCCAAUCACCCUUGUAUUUAACGGAUCUCUUUCAAGGAUUGAGGUAAUGAGAGGAUGAAUCCUGUCGAUAUUAAACGUUCUGCAAGUUUCCGUUCAAAUUUUCUCAAUCUCCAAGUUUUCAUUUGGGAUAAGCUGCAGUUGAGACAAAGCUGUUGUUUGGGCGUAUUUCGCGCUUUGCAUGGCUUUCGUUUUAGAAAAUACUACAGUAUAUUGUUAUAUCUGUAUGUGUUUGAUUUUAUCAAACUGUUUUAUUUCGUGGUGCAGGACGGAGGGAAUGGCAACUGUCUAGUCGUUCGGAUGAGACAAAUCACCGAGGUCCCGUGUAUACAUUGGCUUGCAGGUUAAAGAUCCCUUGGCAGAUGAAAUUCGAUAUAAGAGUAGACGAUAGUGCCGCUGCCCCGGCAAAAUGUCUCGCAUAGCACACUGUAUGGCGUAUGCCCGUCUUCAUUAGCCAAGUCGGAGCAGAACAAUAAGGCGUUAAACCCCAUUUCAUUUCAUUUCAGUUUUUUAUUUUCUGUAAUCUGUAUAAGUUCCACGAUAAACUUUAUAUUAUAGCGUGCAGCAAUUUGCAUUAUUGGAAAUGGAAUGUUAGUGAUAGCUGAAACCCUGUUUACAAAAGAGCACGUAACUUUAAAGGGUCACCAUUGUU